AAAAUAUUACCAUUGAUUAAAAUCAAGGCAUAACGCAGCACAUAAAAAAUAUUAAUGGAUCACAUCAUUCCUUCAUAAGCAUUUAAAACGAUAUAAUUUUUCACCAAAAACAUAAUGUGCUCUAAUUUAGAAAUAAUAAUGAAGAUUGGUGCUUUUACGGUGUUUACAUAUAAUAUAUGGUCGGUAUAUGCACUUGAUGAGACGGAACAAAAAGCGGGAAUGAUUGAACCCAACAGAACACCGUUAUUACAAAGACGAGACUUCGAAGAAUCAGAACUGUUAAAAAACAAUUAUGACCAAAGGCUUUACAAAAGGUCUGUAAGAGCAGAGUCAUCGAGUAAAAGUGAAGAAAAUGUUGACGAUAAAGUUAUUGAAGGGUUGAACGACAACAUUAAAAAAGCCAGAGAAAGUGAAUUAUCUGACGACGCUGAUAGCUCAGACUCUAGAGGUGACCGACGUUUAAGCACGAAAGGUUUUUUACCUGAUGAUUUUGAACGUGAAAGUAAUUCAAAAAUUCAUGGAAGAUACAGCAAGGAAUCGGAAGAGCGAUAAUUAAAAACAUUUGUAGACCGUUAUGCUUUUAUUAUAUUUCGCUACAUACCAUAAUACUCGGGAAGGAAAUACUGCAGUUUCACAUAGUUCGAUUUUAAAUGACCAACAUUUCUUGCACAACAAAAAAUUAAAAACUUAUUAGAAUGAAUAAUGACGCUAAAACUGGCCAGAUAUUAUUACAAUUUGACGAAACUAUGUAUAUGACUAAAGGUAAAUGGUGGUAAAAUUGUUGUUACCAUAAUUGGUUAAAAUGUGUUUCGAUUUAACAGUAGAUUGACUAAAAUCGAAUAAAAUAAACUGUUGUAGGACUAA